AUGUCAACUUAUCGAACACUGAAAUCUGGCUACAAAAUGCCCUCAUUGGCACUUGGGAUGUAUCACAUUGAACCGCAACAAUGUACAUCCAUAGUUAAAGAUGCUUUGAAAAUCGGGUAUAGAGGUUUUGAUUCUGCACAAUUCUACAAGAAUGAAAAACGAACAUUUGAAGCAAUAUCACAAUGGAUAGAAGAAGAUCCUCAAAAGAACAAAAGAGAUGAUUUAUUUUUCACUACUAAGUUAUUUGAUGGUGUUCAAGGUUAUGAUAUGGCUAAAAAAUCAAUUUCACGUACUUUAGAUAAAGCAAAGCAAGUUGGUUCAUAUAUAGAUCAAGCAUUGAUCUUAUCACCUCAAACCAAUAAAGAGAAACGUCUUGAAACGUAUAGAGCAUUACAAGAUCUUGUUAAAGAUGGCGUGGUACAUUCUAUAGGUGUUGCAAAUUAUGGAAUCCCUCAUAUUCAAGAACUUUAUGAUUGGGAUGGGUUAGAAAUCGAACCUGAUGUUAAUCAAGUUGAACUUCAUCCAUGGUUAAUGAGGAAAGAAUUGGUAGAUUAUUGUAAUAACAAAGAGAUUCAAUUGGUUGCGUAUUCACCAUUAGCAAAAGGUAAGAAAUUUAAUAUGGAUGAAAAAUUAACAAAACUUGCUAAAAAAUAUGAUAAGACUCAAGGACAAAUUUUGAUAAGAUGGUCAAUUCAACAAGGUUUUAUUCCAUUACCCAAAACUUCAAAUCAGGAGAGACUUCUUUCAAACUUUGAUGUUUUUGAUUGGGAAAUUAAUGAAGCAGAUGCAGAGAUCUUAGAUCAUCCAGAGUUAUAUUAUGUCACUGGAUGGGAUCCAACAACUUAUGAGGAUCAAUAA